UUAAAUAAAAUUUAGAGCAAGGGGACACCAGUUUUACAGAUUUUGUAGCCUCCUUUAUCUUUCUUAGCUGUUCUCUUUCUCUCCCUGUCCCUCAAUAUAAAUACAAAGAACCCAAUACUUCCUUCUUACGUACCAAGAAAGUUAGUUUCUCAAUUCCUGAUAAAACAUACACAAAACAAUAAUCUUAAUUUCAAGAAACUACUACUAUUGCUAAAAAUCAGAGACUUUCGCUAAUGGCUAUAUUCGGUAAACUGACAAAGCUCAAGUCUGCCAUAAAGAAAUGGCCUUCCUUGACCAAGAACCACCAUUCAACCAUGUGUACCGCCUCUACCGCCGUAUCUGAGGUCUCAAAGUGCGAGGAUCUCCAUGUGGUUUACGUCGGAAAGUCACGAAGACCUUACAUGCUUAGUUCCCACGUCAUCGCUCAUCCGCUUUUCCAAGAACUACUUGACCGGUCGUCUAGAUUUAUCGAAGAACGUCACGACCAAGAGACCGUCUUAGUAGCUUGCGAAGUCGUAUUGUUCGAGCACUUGUUAUGGAUGCUCAAAAACAGUUCCUCUGAUCACGGCGAUGAGGAUGAUCGCGAAAGAGGAUCCGUCGAGGAGUUGGCUGAGUUCUAUACUUAUUGACGGCGCGAUACAUAUCCAUAUAUACUUUUAUUUCGUUAAUUUUGGAAUUUGAUUCGACAUGAUCCAAUAAUGCGGUCAUGCACAGACCAUUUUCUUUGCUUUUGUUUUUCUCCCGAGCAAAUUUUUAGAGUUAACUAGUAAUCUUUAACUAAUAUUAUAAUUAUGUCGGUCGAAAGAGGGUAGUAGUAUCUUGCCCCAAAUGAUGAUAAAUUGUAACAUAUGCUAAAAUUGUUUUUUAUGAUUAGCUCCAUUUGAUAUACAUGUACUCUACAGUAGUACGUAGUUAUGAGAUUUUCGAAAGAAUAAAAGUGGCCGCCACAUGAUGAUGCGCAGGGCUACCCAAUUGCACGGACGGUUGUCCUACUUGCCUUUCUAGUGGCAUCAAGCUGUCACGGAAACAAAUAUUUAAGUAUAAAUUACUAACUACGUCUAUAAGUGUAUCCAAGUUGUAAUGUGAAGUGAAAUUAGGUAUAAACUUCUUGGAGUAAUUAAUUAAACAUGACUACGAUGUGAGUAUGUAUGGCUCGUAAUCAUAAUGGUGGUUUUUAAUAAAAUAAUAAAAUAUAGGAUGCUCAUUAACUCGACCAGCAUAAUUAUUUAUGUAG